AUGUCUGAACGUAAAGUGUUGAACAAGUACUUCCCCCCGGACUUUGACCCGUCCUUGAUCCCUCGAAGGAGGGGUCCAAAGAACUCACAGCAGGUUGUUCGUCUUAUGGCUCCAUUCUCCAUGCGAUGUAAUACAUGCGGAGAAUACAUUUACAAGGGCAAGAAGUUCAACGCUCGCAAGGAAACAGUGGAUGGGGAGGAUUAUUAUGGAAUUAAGAUAUUUCGGUUUUACAUCAAGUGUACACUAUGUUCCGCCGAGAUUACCUUCAAGACUGAUCCCAAGAAUACCGAUUAUUCCGCAGAGCAUGGCGCAUCGAGAAACUUUGAACCAUGGCGAGAAGAGAAAGUUGUCGAAGAGGAGGACCGUCUUGCUCGGCUGGAGGAAGAGGAGAACAAUCCUAUGAAAGCGCUAGAGAACCGCACCGUCGACGCCAAACGGGAAAUGGAUAUCCUAGACGCCCUCCAGGACAUUCGGGCACGAAACGCUCGGAAUGAGCGUGUGGGGCAAGCGUCGGAUCUGGUUUCUCGGAUUACUGCGGAAGAAGAAACGGAAGAAGAAAGGGAGAGAAGAUUAGCAGAAGAAGAGGAUGAGAGGCAGGUGAGGGAAGUGUUUUCGAAGGUGUCGAUGCCCGCACUUCCGGGCGACUCUUCGGCGGCGGCGGCGGACAGUUCUGGAGAUUCACCUACGGAAGCUAUCCCGCCACAACUGGUCACUAUCAAGCGAAAGGCCGAUGAUGUCGAGCCCGAUUUACGCAGUCUCCUUCCAGAAUCGACGCGAGUAGUGCGAGAUGCCAAAUCUCUUGGUCCACCGCCAGCGAAGAAGCCGAAAUCAAAUUUAAAAAAUAAAUUAGGUAUCAAGAUUAAAAAAUGA